CUUUCUGGCUGGACGGAGGUGGUGGUGGCGGUGGAUCUUUCUCUGAACACCCGCUCUCGCUCGCCUUCUUCUUCUUCUUCCUCCUCUCUUUGCUCCCAUGGAGUAAACCAGACCUCCCCACUCCGCCAGCUUCCGAUUUCUUUUGGGAGGAGCAAAAAACUUUUGCUGCUCCCGCUGGCUCUAUAAUUCGUAUUUUUGAAGCUUUUUGUCAUUGGGGGGCGCGCUCAAAUGGGGUCUGAAACCAUCUCUGGCUCGGAGAAGGAGAAUUCGAACGAUAGCGCCGAAACCCUCGUGAUGUUGAAUGUCUACGAUCUCACCCCUGUCAAUGAUUACACCUACUGGUUCGGUUUUGGGAUUUUCCAUUCUGGCAUUGAAGUUCAUGGGAAGGAGUAUGGGUUUGGAGCUCAUGACUUCCCAAUUAGUGGAGUUUUCGAAGUCGAGCCAAGAAACUGCCCCGGUUUCAUUUACAGAUGUUCCAUCCCAGUGGGGACUAUAAUGAUGCCGCCUAUAGAGUUCAGGACUUUCAUUGAGGGUAUGGCUUCCGAGUAUCAUGGAGACACUUAUCACCUCAUCUCCAAGAACUGCAACCAUUUCACAGAUGAUGUAAGCUCCAGGUUGACAGGAAAGAGAAUCCCAGGCUUUGUAAAUCGCCUCGCUCGCCUUGGUUCCCUAUGCAGUUGUUUGCUUCCCGAAAGCCUUCAAGUAACUUCAGUGAAACAGCUACCUGAGCACCACGAUUUAUUGGAAGACGAUGGAAGCGAGUCUCUGACAACUGGCACCCCACCCUGUGAACAAAUGGAAAUCGAUGAUACUGAUCAAGAGAGGCACCUUCUGUCUCCAAGCAAUGGAGCUGCAGAAGUAUUGUUUGUCAGAGAGAGAACUCUAACAGAAGAAGAAAAGCUGCCUCAUUGAGGGUUGAAUACAAACGAAAGAAGAUAGCCUCUUUUUACCCUUUCCAAACCCACUGCUGCAGUAUUCUUCGAGACACGAUUCCAAACGUAGGACACAGGGAAGGA